AUGAAGCCAUUGCUGUUCUUCGUCGCUCUCAGCACUAGCCUAGCACUGGCCAACCCGAUCCCUCAAUUUUGGACGACUCACUUUCCUGCCCCUGGCGGCACCGACGUUGAUGCCGGGACUACCACCUGUAUAGCUACCGAUUGGGGAGUGCCCACUGAAUCUCCUUCGGAAAGUCGUUCGACUACUGUAGAGCAGGCGACUUCCCGUCCCACCCUUUCUACCACGUACCACGAGUAUACUUGCACCCCGUUCACCAAAUCGGACACAAGCCGCGAGGUCACAUCCACUUACCAAACCACGACUACGGAGUCUGCAACUACGCGAGACCCAGAGUCGUCUUCAACCAUAGCUCCAGAUCCUUCUAGCACCGAAGUCGACCCAGGCACGACGACAUGCAUCACCUUCACUUGGCCUGGCGAUCCUUCGUCGACCACGGAGACCACGGCUGUUCCUCCUACUUUUCCCACCGUUACCGAGCCGACCAACACGGCGACAAGGACCACAUACACUGAGUCGGGAGCGUCUAGAGACGUCACUUCUGAGAACCCAACUAUCACCGCCCCGACGAUCGCCCCCACCCUUCCACCUUCCCACUCUGAGUCGCAAACCUCCGAGUCGAGGUAUUCAACACGCAACGUUUCUUACACUACGGGAUACACGCGCACCUUCAGCGAUAACGACCCAAGCUACACACGAUCCAUUUCGUUCACCGCUGCCACCGAUGCCAGACCUAUGUCGCACGAGACCGGCACUGUCCGCACUCUCACCCUCAGCGGCUGA